UUAAAACUUUAUGGUCGGCGAUCGGCCCGAAGGGGAGUUGUUCGUGUGGGAAAUCUAAUCUUUCGCCUUCAUCGCUCCGCUCUUAAUCUCUACGAGCAGCCCAAAGUCUCUCUCUCGCCUUUUCCUUUCCUUUUUCAGCGAUGUUAUCACGCUGGGAGAUGGAUUUUUGGAGGAGCAUCUGAAGAUUUUUUUAAAAUUUUUUUUGAUAAAAUUGCCAUCCCUGGAUUGGAGUGUUAAUAUGGAGCUUAACAAUUUUGAUUGAGAUCUCCGAUUUAGAUGGAAAGGAGGUUGGAAUUUAAGAUUGUUGGAUUUCUCGCAUUGAUUUGCUUUGUGGAGGAGCGUUGUUUUUAUCAAAAAAGAAAAAGGAAAGGAGGAGCGUUGUAGAAAUUUAAGGACAUUUUUUUUAUGGUAUGAUUCUAAAUGAUUUGUGAAAUUAGCAACAGGAGAUUUGACGGAUUUAGUUUAGGUUUUGGCUGUCUCCACAAUCAUUUGGUUGGUCAGUAAGCUUUUUUUUUUGGGCCUUUUGCUGCUGAAAUCCGAAAUAUUGUAGUAGAAACUCUGUAGUUUUGAUAGUUAUUGCCUGUUUGAUUAGAUAGGUAUUGAAAGUAUUUUGGAUCUUGAUUGGUUAAAAAGGUCGAAAGAUUGGAUUUUUAACUGUUUAAGACCUGGGAAAUAGGCUUCUCCUCGGAUUCCUUGGAAUUUCACAGGCCAUCUUUGUUUGAGCAGAGACUUUCCUUUGUUGGAGGAGGAGAUUGCAUAAUUGUGCAAGUUCUGGCUCCGAGAUUAGUUUAGAAGCAGAAGGUUGGGCUUUUUCUUCAGAGCAUGGCUCUUGUUCUUGGCUAUUAAGUAUAGUGGGUUUGGGGAAUCAUGGCGAUAUCUUCGCCUAAAAGCCAUUCCAGUGUUGUGGCAGUUCCACGGUCCCUCUCCUCGAUGGCUGUUUCAGUGGGAGCCCUGACUCUGUUUCUUGUGGUUGCAUCACUGAUUCUAGUUUCAUAUCCUGUCGGUUUAUCCCUCCAAGGUUAUCUCCUUGGUGCAGACCAUUUGAGCAAACCAGUGCCAAUAGCUUUCAGUAAUAAUCAGACCAAACUUCUGACUUCGCCGCCCGAGCCUUCGCAAAAUGAUCAGCAGGAUAUGGUUAUCAAGCAACCUUUAUCUAGGCAUGAGAUGCCAGAUAAUCCAGCAGCUUCUACCACAUUAUCUUCUGGUAGAACAGUAGAGAUGGGGGCUGCUAACAGCUCUGUUACUUCAGAUAGUACUGAGGUUGUAAAAUUUGGCAGCUCCUCUUCCUUCGAUGCCUUCGAUGAUUCUGGGAAUACCAAUCCAGGUAAUCCAGAAGUUGCAACUCUCCCUUCGGUUCCAUCGGACAACUCCGAGAAGGUCAUUUUGGCUUCGUCAAAUUCCACAUUGGGAGUUGGAACUCUCCCUUCAACUCCAUCAGACAACUCUCAGAAGGUUGAUUCUGCUUCCUCAAAUUCCACACCAGCAGCUGCGGUGCCCCCUCCAGCUUCAUCAGACAAUGCUAAGAAGGUUGAUUCUAGGAGCUGUGAUCUGUACCAUGGGAAAUGGAUCUAUGAUGCUGCUGGACCAUUGUAUACAAACAACUCAUGCCCCAUCAUAACACAAAUGCAAAAUUGCCAGGGAAACGGGAGACCAGACAAGGAUUAUGAGAACUGGAGGUGGAAACCUGAACAGUGUGACCUCCCACGCUUUGAUGCCAGGAAAUUCUUAGAGUUGAUGAGGGGAAAGACACUGGCCUUUAUCGGGGAUUCAGUUGCUCGGAAUCAGAUGGAAUCAAUGAUGUGCAUUCUAUGGCAGGUAGAAGUUCCCAAGAACCGUGGCAACCGUCGGAUGCAGCGUUGGUACUUCAAGUCCACCUCUACAAGCAUUGUCCGCAUAUGGUCCUCAUGGCUCGUUCAUAGUACCCCGGAGCCCUUCCAAUCUAUCCCAAAGGGGGUUACCAAGGUCCACCUGGACAUCCCUGAUGAGAACUUCAUGGAAUUCCUCCCACAGUUUGAUGUGGUGGUCCUGUCUUCUGGCCACUGGUUUGCAAAGCAAUCCGUGUACAUUCUCAACAAUACCGUUGUCGGGGGACAGCUCUGGUGGCCCAAAGAGAUGGGUAAGAUGAAGAUCAACAAUAUUGAAGCCUUCGGUAUAUCAGUUGAGACCAUCAUGACUGCUAUUGCCUCUCAUCCAAACUACACGAGUCUAGCAAUUGUUCGCUCGUUUUCGCCUGACCAUUAUGAGGGCGGAGCUUGGAACACAGGAGGGUCAUGCACUGGAAAGGUUAGGCCAGUGAGCGAGGUGGUUAGGAAUGGAUUCACAGAUAUUAUGCAUGAGAAGCAGGUUACAGGAUUCGAACAGGCAGUGAAGAAGGCAAGAAGUGGUGCCAAGUUGAGGUUGAUGGACAUCACUGAGCCUUUCGGGUACAGACCUGAUGGGCAUCCGGGCCCGUACAGGAGCCUCGACCCGAACAAGUUGACGAAGAGAGGACCAAAUGGAGAGCCCCCACCACAGGACUGUUUGCACUGGUGCAUGCCAGGGCCAAUUGAUACAUGGAAUGAAAUUGUGCUGGAGAUCAUUCGGAGAGAGUUCGAGGGAGCAUGAAACUGAUGAAAGCUUACAGAUUCUUUUGUUCUCGAGAGUUCCAAGCAAAUUGGUGGACCAAGAGGGCGCCCACCUAACUGGAUCUCAUGUAUUCCAGUGGAAUUGCACCGAGAAUGAUGUUAGAAUUGUUGAUUCCAUAUGCAAGGAUGUGAUCUGGAUUCUCGAAGUACCGACUACCAGAAUUGCAUGAACGAAAAUUUGGAUUAGGUGAUUCCAUGUUUGAUUUGGGCAUCAUUUUUUGCAACGUAAUCCACCUUGUAUCUCUGUCACGCCUGUACGCCAACUUCCCUUUGAUGAGAAGUAUCUUGUCUUCUUUUUGGACCAGCAAUUACUACUACCAUUCAAUUGAGAGAAUUCUGUUGCACCGCACUAGAAUUCUCUUCUCUUCUUUCAUUUUCCCCUGGAACCCAGCACAAGCAUUGUAGAUAAAUGAGCUAAAAGGGAGUAAUGGUUACGAUCCCAUCAACCAUGUCCGGUUUGAGAGGAUGUAAUUUUAUUGCAUGACUGUGAUGAUUUAUAAUGAGAGAUCUUGGCUUACACCA